CACGAAUCAACGCGUCUGACGCAGAGUAUUCUUCAGCAUCGUGGGUACAGUUAUACAGUAUCAAUUGGUCCCAUUAAAUCUGCGUUUAAAACAUCUGAAAGCUAUAAAACUGCUCGGACAGUCAGCGAUUUAAUUUAUUGCUUGCAGGUUUUGAUUAUUUACGUUGAUACCAGUAACCAACAGACAGCAAAUAUGAAGACAAAAUUCAUAAAUGGCGUGUCUUCUUCGCCUUCUAUGUCUCUGGUUUUAUUGGUAAAUGAUAAUGUCCUCGAAGUCCAGCCAGAGAGUGGGGACGAAUGCAAAGACAUUAUUCGACCGGACGAGCCCGACCACCAGACGAAGCUGAAGGCGUAUCUGUGGUGUAAAGAAUUCCUUCACGGAGCCUGGAAAUGCAUAGAUGAGUGUGAUUUCCAAAUCUCCAUCAUCAGGGGAGGUCUCAGCAACAAACUGUUCCUCUGCGCUUUGCCAGAGAAGCAACCUAGCCUGGGAGAUGAACCACGAAACGUGCUCCUUCGCCUAUAUGGACAAAUUCUGCAGAUGUCCUGUAAUAAAGGGGAUUGCAGACAGUCAAACACAGAAAAUCACUUUCAAGGAGCUGAUGCCAUGGUACUGGAGAGUGUGAUGUUUGCUAUCCUGGCCGAGAGGGAGCUUGGGCCCAAGCUCUAUGGCAUCUUUCCACAGGGAAGACUGGAACAGUUUGUCCCAAGUCGAAAACUGUCCACAGAUGAGCUGAGUGUCCCUGGUAUAAGUGCUGAGAUUGCUGAAAAGAUCGCCAGGUUUCAUGGAAUGAGAAUGCCCUUCAACAAGGAGCCAAAGUGGCUGUUUGGCACAAUGGACAAGUACAUGGAUCAAGUGCUCCAGCUCACCUUCACCAGGGAACACCAUCUGCGGAAUUUCUCCCGCCUUAUGAGCUUCAACUUGCCUCAAGAGAUGGACAGUCUCAAGUGUCUACUAGAAUCUACUCCCUCUCCUGUGGUUUUCUGCCACAAUGACUUGCAAGAAGGAAACAUCUUGCUCCUGAGUGGCCGUGAGAAAGCAGACAGACAGAGGCUCUUGCUGAUCGACUUUGAAUACAGCAGCUACAACUACAGAGGAUUUGACAUUGGAAAUUUCUUCUGUGAGUGGACUUAUGACUACACCAAUGACAAGUUUCCAUUUUUCACAGCCAACACCAAAAAUUACCCCACCAAAUCACAGCAGAUGCUUUUCUUUCGGAGUUAUCUGUUGGAAUCUAAUGCUGGAUUUGAAAACUUAAGUGAAGAGGACCAACUGAAACUCAUAGAAGAUAUGCUAGUGGAGGUUAACAGGUUUGCCCUGGCCUCCCACUUCUUCUGGGGAUUGUGGUCCAUGAUCCAAGCCAAAAUAUCAACUAUUGAGUUUGGGUACAUGGAAUACGCCAUGACCAGGUUUGAUGCAUACUUUGAGCUGAAAAGGAAGCUCAAGGUUUAAGGGAAAAAUGCAUAAUUUCCCAACGGAUCGAAGGAAGAGGGAACAAGCGCUCACAUGGUGUCAGGAAAAGAGCGGAGCACAUUUGAGAUGUGUUUGAAAGAGGAUGCUCUGAGUGAUUCAGCUGUGCGGCAUAGACCAAAAUCAGUGCAACAUACACAUAUUUAAAAAACGAAACAAAAAGGCUCUGCAUGGAGUACUCCAUAUGCUGCUUCUCAGUGUUUACAACUUUAAGCUUCUGAGCUUUUAGAUCGUUCGAGAGAAAAAUAGAAGACAAUAACAAGGUCACGUGCCAGAAAAAGAAAAAUAUUUUGUGCAGCUGCGAUUUGAUUCAUAAGUCAAAGAAUUGUGUGGUGGAAAGUUCUUCAUACUAACUUAAACCUUGCGGUAUUUCUUAUCAUCAACUAGUCAUUUGCUGUAGUGUUAUCUAUACAACCGGUGGUAGAAUGUGUGCUGUGAAAAAGAAAGGUUCAAAAACUGAACCUUUUACCAGAAAAUGGUACAACAGACCAAACUAUGUUGACACUGUUAUUCUGACGAUUCAGUAUUGUGUUUCCAAGUUCUCGGUUUCCAUAUUAUGUGACCAUUUUCGUGUUCUUUUUACUGUAUGAUUUACCUCUUUUCUACUUGAACUUCUAGCAGAUUAUUUCAUUUCUAUUUCUAGUAGAUCCGCAUGAUGUGAAAUACCUGUGGGACCGUGCCAUCUGUGUUUCUUCUUAGGAGGAGAUGGUAUAAAUGAAAUAUCUAUUAAUGGUGUAAAACUUUAUGGUUUUGAUCACAGUGAUCUCUUUCACCUCUUAUCAGAGGUGCUUGUGUAUUUUAUAAGAAGAAGUGCCCAAUAUGAGAAUACUCCCAGUUGUGUCCGAUUUGAAAUUAAAUUAAUAACUUGUAAAUGUAAUCUUUCCCUAAAAAAAUCAAUUAUAUUGGUUCAAUUAUAGUUUUGCAUUGAGAACACAAGUGAAAGUUUAUGAAAGUUUAUUCUUGUAAAAUUAUUUUAUGCUAUAAAAUAGCUUUACAACUAAACAAUAUUUACAUAAUGCACUUAAUGUUUUUCAUUUUACUCUGUAUAACACUAAAUUGUGUUUUUUUAUAUACUUAAAAUGUGAGUAUUAUACAUUAUUGAGGCAGUCUGGCUUUUUACUAACGGUAAUGCUCAAGGCACUUUUCUCAAUCAGUUUUGUGAAAAAGUUUUAGUACUUGCAAGUGUAACUUUUCUAUUAUUUUUCUGCAAUGGAAGAUGUAUUUUUCUUAAUAAGAAAGUGUUCUCUGUCCUUACUGGUAUAAUGUCAGUGGACCUCUUGAUCAUUUUUUUUUUACUGUAAUAUACUGGCGAUCACAUAUCUUAAACCAUAUAAAACAAAACAAAAAAUGUUAAUAUUUAUUUACAUGUUACUAUAUAACUGGUCUUUAUUAAUCUAUACCGAUUUUUGGAACAUCAUUAACCAUGGGAAGAAAAAAAGUGGAAGUAUAGUGUUGAAUGUAAAUAAAAAUAAAAAAAUAAUAAUAAAUGAGUAAGUCCAAGAGGAAUAUGAAUCCUUUGUAUUUUAAAAUCAGGUGUUUAGACCAGCUUUACUAACUUAUUCAUCUGUCAACAUCAAUAUCAAGCUUGUGAUGCUUGUUCUCUCUAAUUAUAUAUUAGAAAUGUGGAAUAGAAAAGAAAAAUGAUUUACACUUCUGCUUACAAAAGAUGUGACACCAUUCAACAGAAUGUAAUGUACUUAUUCAUGCUUCGCAUAUUACUGUGAAUAAAGAUUUGAAAAUGA